AAGACUUUUACAUAAAAGAGAGAGAUUUCAUUGCAUUAAUUUGCAGUUUUAAUUUUGUACAUUAAUAUUGUUCGUUCGACUUAGAUAUAAAGAGAGACAGUGCAUUGCAUUUGUACAUUCUAGUUUCUACGAUUUGAUACACAAAGAAAGAUAGAGAGAUGGAGGCAACAAAUGAAGUGAAACCUAUAAUCAAAGUGGCAGCAAUAUGUGGGUCUCUCCGUGAAGGUUCCUACCACCGAGGCCUCAUUCAAGCUGCAAUCCAACUAAGCCAAGAGUCAGUCAAAGGAAUUGAUAUAGAGUACGUAGAAAUCGACCAGCUACCUUUGCUAAAUACUGACCUUGAAGGCCAGGGAACAUUUCCACCAGAAGUUGAAGAUUUCCGUCAGAAAAUAAAAGAAGCUGAUAGUGUUCUUUUUGCUUCGCCUGAGUACAACUUUUCCUUCGCUGCACCUUUGAAGAAUGCUGUUGACUGGGCAUCUAGACCACCAAAUGCUUGGGCUAACAAGGCUGCUGCCAUUAUAAGUACUGGAGGAAGUGGUGGUGGUGAACGAGCACAGUAUCAUCUUCGCCAAGUCGGAGUUUUUCUUGAUAUUCAUUUCAUUAAUAAGCCAUUGUUUUGCUUGAAUGCAUUCGAACCUCCUGCAAAGUUUGAUAAAGAUGGUAACUUGGUCAAUGCAGAGACCAAAGACAGGUUGAAGGAAGUUCUUCUAGCCUUGCAUGAAUUUACUUUGCGCAUUCAAGGCAAGUGACAAGAUAAUAUGUGUGUAAUUCUCAGACAGAAGGGGCAAAAAUAUAUGAUUUUUUUUUUUAAUGCGAUGGGGGUGAGGUUUGUAUGGGUUAUUAUUUUCCUUUUUAUUUUGGUUGUGCUGCAGUGGCAUUUAAUUAUCUCAACUUAUUGUAAAUGUUUCUUUGGUAUGUAAUGUGGUAAUAAAAUUUUGUUCCCGUUUCUGAGAAA